AUGGGCUGCUGCGCCUCCAGCGGAGCUGCCCAAAAAAAAGGAGCCAAGAAGGCAGGAAAGGAGCGAAAGCGACUGAUCGUCGACGAGGUGAAGGCAGAGAAAUCCACAGCAGCUAUUUCAGCAGACUGUGAGCUGAUGGCGCAGCUCGAAGCCAAAUCAGUGAUUGACAUCAUCGAUGACAUGGGUCUUGCCGGUGGUGGCCCCAAAACCUACAUGGGUUCAACCACCGAUCAGGGAAUGGCAUCCUUCUCGAAUAAGUCUCUCCUUUCGCUUGGUGACAACAUUGACAUUUCCGGAAAGGGUGUUGCAUUCACCUGCCGAAAGGGUCUGAAGCCAGAGAGUCCAAAUCAAGAUUCCUGGUGUUUGGUGAAGAUGGACACCUUCUCCAUCUUCGCAGUCUUUGAUGGUCAUGGCCAGAAGGGCCACGAUAUCUCGCAGUUCGCGAAGGAUUUCCUACCGAAAAUCAUCCUGCAGGACCCGAGGUCGAAAUCACCCGAAGUCGGCUCUUGUCUCGUCGAUUCCUUCAAGAAGGUUCAGAAGCUUAUCACGGCCGCAGAUCAGACCAAACGUCUGAGCGCGCAGAUGUCCGGCACCACAGCCACCGUUUGCUUCCUCGAUCAUCUGCAUGAGAAGCUGACGAUUGCUCACGUGGCGGACAGCACUGCUGCCGUUGGGGUCAAGAAAGGUGGCAAGUGGAUCGGCACGUCCGUGACCAAAGACCACAAGCCGAACGUGAAGGGUGAGCGCGAGCGAAUAGAAAAGAAGGGUGGGACGAUCGUCUUUGAUGGCUACGCAAACCAUCGAAUUUAUGCAAAGAACUCUCGAUAUCCUGGUCUCAAUAUGUCGCGAUGUUUGGGUGAUAUUAUUGGUCAUCAAGAGUGUGGGGUCACCGCUGAGCCAGAGAUCACGCGGGUGGAGCUGCAGACCGGGACAGAGCAGCUACUGCUUGUCUGCAGCGAUGGUGUGUGGGAGUUCAUAACUGCACAGGAGGCUGUCGAUCUCGUCAGCACGCGGCCAGCAGAAGAGAGCGAGCAAGCAGCUGGGCUGCUGGCCAAAGAAGCUUGGGAUCGCUGGAUCCGCGAAGAGGGUGGUGCGGUGGUGGACGAUAUCACUGUGGGCCUGGUGCAUAUUGGCAAGGACAAAGCGCCGGGCAAGUGA